AUGUCAUCUCCUGAGCCUAUCCUUGCCUCGAACGCACUCAUCGGGCUAGAGGACGUACCUAAAACGGCGGUCUUUGUAGGAGCUACCGACGGCAUCGGUAAGGCUAUCUUGCAAGCUCUUGUCUCCAAAGGGUUCCCGACGAAGAUCUACAUUGUCGGCCGCAACAAAGCCUCACACCGCGUUCUGUUAGAAGAUCUUGCUAGAUCCAAUCCUCAAGCAACUCUCAUCUUUGUCGAAGGUCAGAUAUCGCUGGUGGCAGACGCACAGCGCAUCGCUAGUCAGAUUGCAGCCCAGGAAGAUCGCGUGGAGUUGCUCUUCUUGUCAUCUGGCUACCUGCCGUUCACUGGACGUCAAGUCUUCGUGCUGCGUCUUCUCCCACAGCUGCGUAGAGGCAGUGCAACAAGGCCUGCACGCGUUUUGAACAUCUUGGCUGCUGAAGAGUCUACGGAUCUCUACCUCGACGAAUUGACGCUCAAGAAACCUGGACACUCCAGUGUGCCCGCCUACGCUAAGCACGCUGCAGCUUCAGUCACCCUCGCAUUGAAGCACAUCGUCGAAGAAGAAGAAAAAAGUGACAUUGUCUUCAUUCACGCGCACCCUGGCAUGGUCUCCACCAAUAUAUUCCAAAACAGCUGGGACAACAAAUACGAUCCUGACUCUGCUCAUUUCCCAAUGCACACCAGGCAUAUCUUCCAGUGUACUCCGGAGCAGGCUGGCCAGCGUUGUCUGUGUCUGGCUACGAGCGCAGAAUACAGAGGUGUCGGUGUUGCCCUGCAGCAUGGCAGGCAGAAGGUUGAGACUAUAGCACAUGGGAGCAAGGGCUCGCUGUUUGCUAUCAGUGAUAGAUUGGAGUUUCUUCAGCCCGAAAAGCUGCUGGAUGAGUUGCAAGAGCUAAGAGCGCCUGAGGUGAUUUUGACUCAUACUAUGGACGUCCUGAAAACUCAUGGAGGAUUUGACUAA